CGGAGCCGUGCGCGUCGUCUAGUGGGCGGAUUGACGACUGUAGGUGCGGCGAGGAGAAUGAGCAGCUAUUCGUGGACAGUUGAGGGAGAAAAUUUCUGAUAUAGCCGCUCAAAACAUCAGCUCGUCAACGAAGGAGACAAGUCAUACGAACCAGAGAACGGUUUACGACAGCUAAGUAUCGGUCUGCGUUAAUUUAGGACGACGAAUUUGACAGAAUCGCAGUUGUAAUUUGUGUUUACAUAACCAGCUUUUCCCGGUGUUCGCGGCGGGGAGCAGCCGGUCUUGCCACGGUGUCUUGUGGUCGUUAGAAACACCAGCUGCCUCAAAUUCAAACCAGUUUAUUAAUCUGCUAUUCAACAUUGCUUAAAUUACGCGUUUAAAGUGCAUAUCCGGUGAAUCGUUGUGUAUUUUUACGCGCAUCAUUUCAGCAUUCAGAAAAACAAGUUAUACAACAAGCCCGGCUAUCGCCCGUCAGCGAACCAGGUCCUAAAGCCCGCCGGGUUGCCUGUCACAUUGCCGGAGAGCGCGCGCUGUCUCGUGCUGCCCAAAUGGUUCAGCAGCCAACGGUUUCUAAAUUCUUCGACAUAAUGGAAAAGGUGCUUUUAGAGCAAGGUUGAAUUGAAAAGUUGGACUGUGAAAUCAAAGGGUUGUAUGCUCCAACAGCAUACAUACACUCGCUAUACAUUUGGAUUCCCAAGUGGCCUUGUUGUCCCCGUUUUUUCUUCCUUGGAUAUAUAUAUAUAUUAAAAACUGUCAGUGAGUCGGAAUAAGAGCGGAGCGAGCACACACACAAAAAGACUUUAUAUCAUUCAAAAGGACUCGUCCAGUUGAGUAAUGGUCAUUAAUACGAUCCACUGGUUCAGGAAGGGCUUGCGGCUCCACGACAACCCGUCGCUCAAGGAAUCUCUGCUGGGAGCGGAUACAGUCCGCUGCGUCUACAUCCUCGACCCCUGGUUCGCGGGAUCUUCCAACGUUGGGAUCAACAGGUGGAGGUUCUUACUGCAGAGUCUUGAGGACUUGGACUCCAGCCUCCGUAAGCUCAACUCUCGCCUGUUUGUGAUUCGAGGCCAACCCACUGAUGUCUUUCCCAGACUUUUCAAGGAAUGGAAGAUUUCUCGUCUGUCUUAUGAGUAUGACUCUGAGCCCUUUGGGAAAGAACGAGAUGCAGCUAUUAAGAAACUGGCCUCUGAGGCUGGAGUGGAGGUGACAGUUCGCAUUUCCCACACACUCUAUGACCUGGACAAGAUCAUAGAGUUAAAUGGGGGUCAGUCCCCACUUACCUACAAGCGGUUUCAAACCCUCAUCAGCCGCAUGGACGCAGUGGAAGUCCCUGCAGAGUCCAUCACAGCUGAUAUCAUGGGGAAAUGCACUACGCCGCUGUCCGAAGACCAUGACGACAAGUUUGGGGUCCCCUCCCUGGAGGAGCUGGGGUUUGAUACUGAAGGCUUGUCCUCAGCUGUGUGGCCAGGGGGAGAGACUGAAGCCCUCACACGACUAGAGAGGCAUUUGGAGAGGAAGGCUUGGGUAGCCAACUUUGAACGUCCCAGAAUGAACGCCAAUUCGCUUCUCGCCAGCCCCACAGGACUCAGCCCAUACCUGCGCUUCGGCUGCCUCUCCUGUCGUCUCUUCUACUUCAAACUCACCGACCUCUACAGGAAGGUGAAGAAGAACAGCUCCCCUCCCCUCUCACUCUAUGGUCAGCUUCUGUGGCGCGAGUUCUUCUACACGGCAGCCACCAACAACCCCUGCUUUGACAAGAUGGAGAGUAACCCCAUCUGCGUUCAGAUCCCCUGGGAUCGCAACCCGGAGGCGUUGGCCAAGUGGGCAGAAGGCCGGACUGGCUUUCCCUGGAUUGACGCCAUCAUGACCCAGCUGAGGCAGGAAGGCUGGAUCCACCACCUGGCAAGGCACGCUGUGGCCUGUUUCCUGACCAGAGGAGACCUGUGGAUCAGCUGGGAGGAGGGCAUGAAGGUGUUUGAGGAGCUGCUCCUGGAUGCGGACUGGAGUGUCAACGCAGGCAGCUGGAUGUGGCUCUCCUGCAGCUCUUUCUUCCAGCAGUUCUUCCACUGCUACUGCCCUGUGGGUUUCGGCCGACGUACAGACCCCAACGGAGAUUACAUACGGCGCUACCUGCCCAUUCUGAGGGGAUUUCCAGCAAAGUAUAUUUAUGAUCCCUGGAACGCUCCGGAGAGUGUGCAGAAGGGAGCCAAAUGUAUUAUCGGAGUCCAUUACCCCAAACCCAUGGUGCACCAUGCAGAGGCCAGUCGUCUCAACAUUGAGAGAAUGAAGCAGAUCUAUCAGCAGCUCUCCUGCUACAGGGGCCUCGGCCUUUUGGCUACAGUUCCGUCCAACGCCAACGGUAAUGGCAACAACGACGCGUCCUCAGAUGUGAUGGGAUUCUCUGUCGAAGCUUCACAUGACGCCGCAACUCCUUCUGGCUAUCAGAUGCAGGUUCACUCCCAGGGAGACUGGCAAAGCGGUGUCAUGAUGUACCUGCAGGGCGAUUCACAAACCAGCAUCGGCACACACCAGCAGGUUCCAGGUUAUGCAGGCACCAGUACCAAUAUGAUGUGUUACACACAAGGGACCCAACAGAUUCCUGCAAUUCAAAAAGGGCCUGAGCACCACACGACCACACACACAAGUGUCAAACGGCACAGCGAGGACUCUGGAAAUGGCAAAGGCUCUAAAGUCCAGAGACAGAGCAGCCGCUAGACAGGUGUCUCACUGACCAUCACAUUGUGUACAAAGACAAGAUAAAAAGGACGCUAGGACUUACGUUUUUGUCACAGCACUACACUGUUAAAUGAACACACCUUCAAGAGGAGCAUAUGAACCCAUCAUUAAACACAUUCACAUGUUUCUCAAGUAAUUGGACUGUAAAUUAUCAUUUGGACUGCACAGCUCGGCCAGUGCUGACAUCCUGG